CUCCAAUUAAUGGAAUGAGAUCUGUUUGCCAUAUAUAUAGAUAUAGGAUACCCAUAUUUUUUUUUAUCAACGUCACUUGCGGAAAGCAGAGGUCCAAAGAAAUCGCCCAUUUCCUCAUAAAUCAUAAUGAAAGCAAACAUAACAUUGCAAUUAUCUGCAUCAACAUUUUCACUAAAUUUCAAUUGAAUUCAAUUUUUUUGGUACCCAUUGAAUUAAAAAGCAACGUCCUUUUAGGCUUUUACCCUCCAAAUUCAAGCUGUUCCCAGCAUCGCCUUUAUUCAUCGUGUACAAAUUUGUGUUAACAGCCAAACAGGGCACUAAUUCCAGAGAGGAGAGAGAAAGUGUCUGUGUGUUUGUGUUGAAUGAGGAGGUGAUGGGUGCAGCAGGGUCGAAGCUGGAAAAAGCUCUUGGUGAACAAUUUCCUGAGGGUGAGCGUUACUUCGGCCUCGAAAAUUUUGGCAAUACUUGUUAUUGUAACAGUGUUUUACAGGCACUUUAUUUUUGCGUUUCAUUUCGAGAACAGUUGCUGGACUACUACUCAAGUAACAAAAAUACUGUUGAUGCAGAAGAGAAUCUUCUGACAUGCUUGGCUGAUCUCUUUACUCAGAUAAGUUCACAAAAGAAGAAAACAGGGGUCAUUGCUCCAAAGCGCUUUGUCCAGAGAUUGAAGAAGCAGAAUGAGCUUUUUCGCAGCUAUAUGCAUCAGGAUGCCCAUGAAUUCUUGAACUUUUUGCUGAAUGAACUCGUGGACAUACUGGAAAAAGAAGCUCAGGCUGCAAAAAGCGACCAAGAAACCUUGCCAUCUGAAAAGGUUGCAAAUGGACCAAGUAAUGCUCAGGCCAAUGCCUCCCAAAAGGAACCCUUUGUAACCUGGGUACACAAAAACUUUCAGGGAAUUCUCACGAAUGAGACAAGGUGCUUACGAUGUGAGACUGUUACAGCAAGGGAUGAAACCUUUUUUGAUCUGAGCCUUGAUAUUGAGCAGAAUAGUUCAAUUACAAGCUGUCUGAAGAAUUUCAGUUCCACUGAAACUUUAAAUGCUGAGGACAAAUUUUUCUGUGACAAAUGCUGCAGUUUGCAGGAAGCGCAGAAGAGAAUGAAGAUUAAAAGGCCACCCCACGUCCUAGUUAUCCAUUUGAAGCGGUUUAAGUACAUUGAACAGCUGGGACGCUACAAGAAACUAUCCUACCGGGUGGUCUUCCCUCUUGAGCUGAAACUGAGUGACACUGUGGAAGACUCAGAUAGAGAGUACUCUUUGUUUGCUGUUGUCGUCCAUGUUGGUAGUGGCCCUAAUCAUGGACACUAUGUUAGCCUUGUCAAAAGUCAUAAUCAUUGGUUAUUCUUUGAUGAUGAGAAUGUGGAGAUGAUUGAUGAGUCAGCUGUCCAGACAUUUUUCGGGUCAGCACAGGAAUACUCUAGUAACACAGACCAUGGGUAUAUUUUGUUUUAUGAGUCCCUUGGUCACAGUAACAUUAGCUAGGCAUAGUAUCCUCAUUUAUUAGGAGUUUAUUUUAUUCCAAAAUUUUGUUUUUUUUAAUCCCUUGUUUCCUCUUCUUUCCUUCAACCAUUGGGAGAAGUAGGGUUAUCAUUGGUUAGGUUGUGGAAAUGUAUACUGCAUAGGCGGUUGGCUUAGUGGCUUGUACAGGUGGACGUUGGAACGUUGAAGACCCUCGGUUGAGGGAUACAAGAAAAUAACAGUGUAUAUGAUGGUAGUGGGCAAUUCUUCCACCAAAUUUUGUAACCUUAAUUGAUGUGAAUGUUGUUCCGACAGAUGAGUUGUAUGAGACUAGCAGCCAACUUUUCCAUAGCAGUCGAAACAAAUCUUAUUUUGGUGAUAUUAGUAGGUUUAUGGAAUGGUGCUUUGAUUAA